UUCAGGAUGAUUUUGUUAUUUAUAUAACUUAUUUUAACUCAAAAACACUGAAUUGAACAUUUUAAAUUAAAAAACCUCCUUGAUCAAGUAGUUUUAAUAAUUUUAGUGACUUAAUUUUAUCAUUUUUAUUUAUACAGUGAAAAUAAAAGUAAAAAGUACUUAAUCAGGAAUGUUUCUGUAACUAAGUUAGUGUAACUUAAAAUUAUUAUUAAACGCUGCUUUAAGAAUCUUUUUGAGUUUAAAAAAUUAAGUUUGUGUGACUUAAAAUGUUCAAAUUUCAACAAAUCACUUAAAAUUACUAAAACUAUUGAUCAAGGAGGUUUAUUUAAUAACUUACAAAAUUUAGUCAGUUUUACUUAAAAUUGUAAAUUUUUUGUUAAAUGAACUCAUCUGGUUUGUAUGGAAGCCUAUUGGUGCCAAUGUGAUGAAACAAAUGAUUCUGUGAGUGAUUAUAAUGAGAAACUUUCUCAAAAUAACGACUUAGUAUCUCAAAAAUAAUGAGAAAGUUAUUGAUUAUAAUGAUAAUAAUAAUAAUGGCACCAAUAGGCUUCCGUAUAUAGCAAUAACAAUAUUUGUGAGUUGUUGUUUCUGUAUAUUUGUGAGAAAACUGACAUUUUAUUGUAUAUAAUGGUUUGUUGUUGUGUAAGAUUGUUCCUCCCGGUGGACCAGAGAGAUACGACUGUAUAUAAUCCAUCGAGGGUCAGAUUGACCUGCUGGGGGCAAAUAAUGAGCCAUGUGACCCCACUGAGCAGGGGCGGAUCUAGAAAACACCUGCCCACCCACAGUUUGGUGUCAAAUUUAACACUUUAAUGUGGAUUAAUUUUAAAAAUAAAAGCAGAAAUUAAUUUAAUGAUCUGUUAUGGUCACAUUUUAGACUUAAGUUCAAGUCAAUUUAUUGAUUUCUAAUGUCGAUAUUUCUAUUCAAUGCUUCACGAAUGUGCCAUAAUAAUGUUUUUAAGUUAAUAUCUUAUCAAAUAUCUUCAUUUGGAGGCUUUUCCAAGCAAAUAUUGAUAUAUAUGAUUGAUUAAAUCAGCUGCAACCCUCUUUACACCCCAUGAAUAUUUCUCUGGAUCCGCCCCUGUUGCCCCCUCGAGGGCACUUUACCAUAGAGGCAUCCAACCAGUGCAGGUAGAGCAGGUAGACAGGUUUGGGUGGAAGAAGCUCAAAAGGAAACACAGGAACAUAACGAGAAGGAUGGACUCACAGCUACAGGUGAGGGGUCACACAGGUGAAACUAAUGGGAGCGGGAAAAUGGCCAAAACUAGGAAGUGACACGAGGAGAGAGGUGAGUUUUUCAAAAUAAAACUGGGUACAAUGUAUAAAAGCUUGAGAGCUACUGAUGAAAACAAACUGCAGGAGGUUGAACCAGUGAGGAUAAAGUGUUCUGCAGAGCUGCCACACUGGUAUUGAUCACACAUUCAUCAAUACAUGAAACCAGAGGACAGAAUAAACUCAUCAUCAGUUGGAUGCAGCUCUGCAGUCGUAGCACCAGGAGGCGUAAACGGGUAAUAUCUAUAUUUAUUCCUCAGCAGUUACUUCCUGUCAGACCUGCAGUGCCUCUGGAGGACGAAGCCUGAAGCACUAAAGUGCUGAAUAACAACAACAUAUGGCCCCACAUCUGUCUGAUCAUCCACAUCUGUCUGAUCAUCCACAUCUGUCUGAUCAUCCACAUCUGUAGGCCUCAAGCUUCACUGUGAAAACACAACGUUCCUCCUGAGGCCAGGUUUCCUCUUUGUGCUCCGCAGUAUCUGAUGUGUUCUUCGGUUUGUGUUUGUCAUGGAAAACUUCUUACUACCGUCCCCACCCACGUCACUGCCACGGAGCCGGAGAGCAUCAAUGAAAAGGUGACGCGCUCCGCAUCGACGUGUGCGCUCCUGCCGCGCUGCCGCACAGCAACCAGGUGCUGAACUCACGGCGGGCAGCCUCUGCUAUGAGCUAACGAUGGGUCGACAGUGGAGGGAGCACGGUGUGUGAUGUCGACGAUCAACCCACCGACACACACUCGACCACAUCCGCAGCGAUGAGCUCCUCCUUUACAAAAUCUGAAUCCACGACCUCCUUACUGAAAUCCUCCUCCUCCUCGGCGGCGGCGGCGGUGAAGAGACCAACACAGCUCCCUGAACGCACCGCGGAGAGCCGGAGGAGUCAGCAUCACCAUCAGCAGCAUCAGCACCAGCAUCAGCACCAGCACCACCACCGUCCCGCCGCACUGCACAGCAGCAGCAGCAGAGCCGAGGAGUCCUUCUGGUCGGCCGAGUGCGACAUCAGUGCGCGGAGACCCCUGUGCCACCCGUCCCUGGUCGGCAGCCCGGACCCCGCCGCGGCCGCCGCCGCCGCCCGGGGCAAGUGUAGGUCACACGCCCCUCACGGACAAGUUCCCGAACCGCAGGAGCCAAACGGGGAGGCGGGCCGGGGUGUGAGGGAGCGCUGCAGGUCCUCCAACAAACCCGCACACCGGCACCACCACCGCAGGAAGCACAACCGGGAGGACCGUCCACCGCCGGCGGCCCCUGAACCCGAGCACCCCCGCCGCUGCCACACGCACUCCCGCCCGGUCCCCAGGGUGCCCUCCCUGUCGGACAGCACCGACGACCGGGCUCCUCUGUGCGAGCCGAGGGAGCUGAAAGGGGCCAGCAGUCCGUCCCCGUCCUCCUGCUCCCUGGUCCCGCUGUCCAGCAGGUCGUCCCGCCGCUCCCGGAGGUCCAGCGCCGCUUCUUCUGCAUCCGACAUCAAUUUACGCACCAUCCUCAACUCCCUGUUCGGACAGAUGGUCCAGGAUGCUGAUAGGAGGUUCAGAGGGGUGCUGUCCUGUGAGCAGAUGGGCCCGGCGGGGUAUCUCGGGCCUUAUCGGGACUCGAUUGUUUCCGUGACACAAAACUACGUUCUCGUGAGCAACAUACUCGGGCAAACCUGUGUCUUCCUGAGUAAAGGCAUGGCCACGUGCAGGCAGGCUGACCGAGAGCUGAGGCCAGAAGAGAUGGACGAGUUGCGGGACGCUUUCAAAGAGUUUGACAAGGACAAGGACGGUUUCAUCAGCUGUAAAGACCUCGGGAACUGUAUGAGAACGAUGGGAUACAUGCCCACUGAGAUGGAGCUGAUCGAACUGAGUCAACAGAUAAACAUGAACUUGGGAGGUCAUGUUGAUUUUGAGGAUUUUGUAGAGUUGAUGGGCCCAAAACUCCUCGCCGAAACCGCAGACAUGAUCGGGAUAAAAGAGUUAAAAGACGCGUUUAGAGAGUUUGACACCAACGGAGACGGUGCCAUCAGCACAUCUGAGCUCCGAGAUGCGAUGAGGAAGUUGUUGGGCCAGCAGGUUGGUCUGAAGGAAGUAGAAGAUAUCCUGAGGGAUGUUGACUUGAAUGGUGACGGACUUGUUGACUUUGAAGAGUUCGUACGAAUGAUGUCUCGCUAACAUCGGGAAAUGAUCGGUCCUGAAUGUGAAGCCGUUGUCCUUCUCUGUACUUGACCAAGUAUAAACAACCGAGGACGGGACGCGCCGAGAUCUCUGAGCCACACGAAUCUGAAUGACACUGGAAUGAAACCUCCUCGAAUGUUAACGGAGCGAGGAGUCACCUCACACUUUCAGUCAAUAAGUGUUCUUCCUGAAAACGUCUCCAACUGAGGCAGAACUUGCUGUAGCCUAGCUGAUGAUUGUCCGACUUAUGUUUUUGCACUUUAAUUCUCACUAAAUAACUUCCUGUGUGGAUAGAUUGCUGGUGUCUUGUCUCAUACUCCACUGUAAAAACCAGAUAAGUUCAUUUAACAAAAAAAAACAGUUUAAACUGAUUACAUUUAACAUUUUAAGUUGAACCAACAUUCUUGAUCAGGUGGCUUCAGUAAUUUUAAGUUAUACUGAUUUAAUUUUGUAAGUACUUAAUCAGGAAUGUUUCUGUAACUAAGUUGGUUUAACUUAAAAUUUCUAGUAAAAGCUGCUGACUCAAUAAUAUUUCUUAAGUUAAAAAAAUUUAGUUAGUUUUACUUAAAAGUUUCGAUGUAAACUGUUUCUAAAACUGUAAUAACUUAUCGCCCACUGUUAAACCAGAUAAGCUCGUUUAAAUCAAAAAAACAUUGAAACUGAUCACAUUGAAAAUUUUAAGUAGAACCAACUACAUUUUUUAAGUUCUAAAAACAUCCUUGUUCAAGUAACUUUAGUCAUUUUAAGUGACACUGACUUAAUGAUUUCGUACAGUUAAAAAAAAAACAUAGUUAAAAGUACUUAUUCAGGAAUGUUUCUGUAACAUAAAAAACUAAUUUGGUUUCACUUAAAAUUACUAUUGAAAGCUGCUUAAUCAAUAUUUCUUAACUUAAAAUGUUUUUGUUGGUUUUAUUUCAAAUUUCCGAUGUAUUCCCGUUAAUUUAACUAAAAAUAUUGUUGAAACUGUCAAUUUUAAGUAGAACCGAUUUAAUUUUGUAAGUUCAAAGAACAUCUUUGAUCAAGUAACUUUAGUAGUUUUAAGUGGCAUUGACUUAAUUUUGUAAUUUUUAUUUGUACAGUGAAAACUUAAAUUUGUCACUUAAAUUUACUAGUAAAAUCUGCUUAAUCAAGAAUGUUUGUGUUACUUAAAACGUUCGUUAUAACCAGUUUAAACUUUUUUUUUUUUUUAAAUAACUUAUUGGAUUAAAAUGUCUACAUGGUAAAAAAAAGAAAAGAAAAAGUCGCCUUUGAUGUAACAGAGUCGGGAUGAGAGACUUCCUGUAUCAGUGUUUCAGUACGUUUCCACACAGUUGGUGUUAUAAUAGAAAUUGUUCGUCCUUCGUGUGACAUUGGUGCUCCGCCCAGGAACCUGUGUGGCAAUAUAACACCUGUAAUGUAACUGUGUGACCAUCUGUGAUUCUUCACUGUGCCGGUCCAGUCUUAUAAAAGCAUCACUGUCUGACUCGCAAUGAAGAGACGCAGCAGAACUCUGAAAUAUACGUUUGUGUCUGUGUUAUUGUCUGCAGGUUGACAGCAACUGAAACAGUAUUUAAAGCCUCCUGUAAGCUGUGUGUGCAGACUGUCUUUAAAGGUCCAGUGUGUAACAUUUAGGAGGAUCUAUUGUCAGUAAUGUAAUAUAAUAUUCAUAGGUAUGUUUUCAUUGGUGUGUGAUCACCUGAAUAUGGGAAUAUUUGUGUUUUUGUUCCCUUAUGAUGAGCUGGUUUUAUAGUUAGAAAGGUUCAACCGGCCAACAAAGGUAAACUGCAGUGACUACGUUCUUGUUCUGUGAACUUAAUAUUCUCUAGUUUUAAAUUAAACAUUAUUUCUUUAAGCCGUCUAGUAUGAAACGGGACAACUGACCUUUUUCUAGUUAAAGUCAACAACAAACAGAAAUCAGAGAUCUGUUUGCUUCAUCGUAUUUAUGUAUUUCCUGUAAAAACAAGCAGUUAUAGGAUAGCACGCAUCACAUUGUUGUUUUACAGGAAGAUAAAAUGAUUGAAUUUUGAUAUAAAAAUACAAAGAAAUUGAGUUUUUGUACAUUUGUUAGCAUAAAUUGUUAAAUUAGGAAACAAUAUAACUGAGAAUGUGAUCUUGAAGGAUUAAAAUAACAAUUUUAAUUUCACCUGUACUUAGGAUAAGGCGUCGAGCAAUCAAGGUAGUAAAAGCAAUAACAUUACACGUCCCUGUGGGUCCCAACAAACCUCCAAACAGAGCUGUAUUCAGUUAGUUGCCAUCUGCAACUUCACCACUAGAUGUCACUAAAUCCUGCACACUGGUCCUUUAAGCUUCAGGUCUGAGAUCAUUCAGUAGGAAUAACUCAUGCGGACUGUAUUUACAGGGGAUGUGAUCACCUGUACUGUACGUCGGUGUCGAUAUGAUUGUAGUUGUGGUAACGUUCCACACAUCUGUGUUGUCGAAGCAAUUUUUAUGCAUGCCAAAGAGAGAAAUUUAUUAUUGAAUUCAGUAUGCACAUUUGCAUUUUUUUUUGUCUAACAAAGUGAACAAAAUAUUUCGCCAAGUUGACUGUAGAAAAAUAAAAAAGGUGUUUACAUUUGA